AGAGAAAAACGCGUUUUUCCUCCUCUCUCUCUCCUCUAUUUCACCCAUGCACAUCCUCCUCGCGUGGUUCUGGUGACAGAAUCACGGUUUCCCGGUUCCACAGCAAGCGCACCUGAGUUUGUCCCAUUCAACUCACAAUACUUUUUCCUCCUUUCUCUCUCUCCCUGCACGCAUCAACAUCUCAAAACACGCGACGUUUUGUAGUAAAAUAAUCAUCGGUUAAACGUUCGCAGGACUGGAGAACUGGAAAUGAAGAGAGAUUUGACGUGUUUCUGUCGGAUUUGGGUUGGGAUCGUUGCUGCUUCAGGUCUGGCGAUUGGCUACUCUAUGACUCCGCCCACCAUUGACAGCGACAAAGAAGACCUCGUGAUCCACGCAGAUGAAACACUGACCAUCACAUGCAGGGGUCAGCGUACUCUGUCCUGGGUGUGGCCUGAGACGACCCUGGUGGGAGAGGAGCUGACUGACCGUCAGGCCGGACCCAGGCCCAGCAGAGCCCCAGGGAGAGAGGCCGAGACUGGGUCUGGAACCCCUGUUUGUACCCCCGGGGCUGGGGCUGGAGUUGUGGGAGACCACCCCGUGGCCACGGAGGGGGCUGGUACGCCUGCUUCGGUCCCUGUCCAGAGAAGGGGAGUCAGCAUCCUGGAGUGUCCAGGGGAGCCUGGAAGGCCGUAUUGCAAGACCCUGGUCCUCACUGGAGCUAAAGGGAAUGAUACAGGGUACUACCGCUGUUACUACAGAGAUGUCAAGGCUGUCAUCGACGGGGCCACGGCUGCUACUCUAUAUGUGUUUGUCAGAGAUUUGGAGCAGCCUUUCCUCAGGAGAAACAGAGGAAGCAACGGGGACCUGGAGACCAUCUUCAUAUCAAGAUCCUCCACUCACGUCACAGUACCUUGUCUAGUCACUGUGCCCGACCUCAACGUCACACUUUAUCUGUGGGAGAUGAUACCUAUGCUCCUGGAGGAUGAGGGGAUGGUGUGGGACAGUAAAAGAGGCUGGUCCAUCCCUAGACAAACCUUAGACUCCAGACCUUUCCUCAUUGGGAUUUACUGCGAAGCUACACGACAAGGGAGACACUACCGCUCUACUCUCUACCUGGUGCAGUCCACAGGAAGUCAGGUUUACGACUUCAAGCUCUAUCCAGAGGACUCGGUGGAGCUGUUCGUGGAGGAAGCCCUGACGCUCAACUGUACCGCCACAGUGGAGUUUAACACCCUGGUCGAGUUCCAGUGGUCCUAUCCUGGAAAACAGCUGAACAGUACAGUGGACAUAGUGCACAAGCGUAAUUCCCUCUCUCGGUUCACGGAGGCCGUCAGCAUCCUGACCAUCCAAAGCGUCAACGUCACCGACACCGGCACUUACACCUGCUCUGCCAUUAGCGUGGACAAAAAAAUGGAUCUGGAAACACAAGUCAUAGUGUAUGAGAAACCAUUCAUCAGCCUAGACUACAGGAGCGGCCCGGUCGUCGAGGCAACAUCAGGACAGAAGUCUUUUAAACUGUUAGUCAAUGUGUCAGCAUACCCCAGACCUGACAUACAGUGGUAUAAAGGUGAUAAGUUGAUCAGCCGUCGUCCAGAGUUCAACAGGAUGCGUCUCCAUCAGCACUAUAACUUAGAGAUCAGAGACGUUCACCCUGAGGAUGCUGGGAACUACACCGUCCUCCUCAAGAACACUGCCUCCCCGCUGGAGAGGAGACUCACCAUCACACUCAUCAUCAACGUUCCCCCUCAGAUCCAUGAGAAGGAAAUAGCGACACCCUCUAACCCGUAUAGUCGUGGCAGCAGACAGACCCUAAUCUGUACAGGGUACGGACUCCCAGCCCCCAACAUCACCUGGCAGUGGAGGGCAUGGAGCCCCUGUGGCCUCAACAGCACCCAACGCCUGGAAGACAAACACCCACACCUGAGUCGGAGGGAUCAUAAAGGGCGUAGCGACAGCGUCUCAGACUGUCAGAACUGGCAGGACCUGGACUCACAGAACACCGUGAAUAAAAUAGAAAACAUCGAGACGUCAGUCGAAGUGGUGGACGGUAGGCAGAAGAUAGUCAGCAGACUGGUGAUCCAGAACGCCAGUGUAUCAGUCAUGUAUAAAUGUUCUGCUAACAACAAAGUGGGUAAAGACCAAAAGCUGAUAUACUUCUAUGUGACCACAAUCCCAGAAGGGUUCAGUGUAGAGCUGGGUCCGUCUGAGGAACCUCUGGAGCAGGAGGAGGUGUCGCUAAGCUGCAUCGCUGACAACUACACCUACGAACAGCUCACCUGGUACAGACUGGACCCACAGGCGCUGCAGGAUGAGAGUGGUAAACCCCUGGAGCUAGACUGUCGUAGUGUCCACCUGUACGCUGACCGCCUGGAUGGACAACUGACCUAUCAGGAGCAGUCUAACAGCUGGAUCCUGGAGAUGACUAUAGCUAGCAUCACGCUACAGGAUGAAGGGAACUAUGUCUGUGAGGUUCAGAAUAGGAGGAGCCGAGAGAAACAUUGUCUACGCAAAUACAUAUCGGUUAAAGCUCUAGAAGCUCCCUGGUACAGACACAACCCGGCCAAUCAAACAUUGAACGUCAGUGAGUCUCUCCUAAUGGAGUGUGAUGUAGUGGGAACUCCUUCACCACACCUCUCCUGGUUCAAAGACAACCAGCCCCUGCACCAAAUGUCAGGACUGCAGCUACAGGACGCCAACAGGACUUUGAGUAUCCAGCGUGUCAGAGAAGAGGACGCCGGUCUCUACACCUGCACCGCCUGUAAUCAGAGGGGCUGCGCACACUCCUCCGCUGCCGUCACAGUGCUGGGUUCUAGUGACAGGGCUAACUUGGAGAUCAUGAUUCUGAUCGGGACGGGUGUCAUCGCUGUGUUCUUCUGGGCUCUACUCAUUCUCAUCUUCUGCAACGUCAAACGGGUGAACCCAGCAGAUAUAAAGACAGGCUAUCUGUCCAUCAUAAUGGACCCAGGGGAGGUUCCUCUGGGUGAGCAGUUUGAAUACCUCCCCUACGACUCCUCCCAGUGGGAGAUAUCUAUGGACAAACUACAACUAGGGAAGGUGUUGGGUCAUGGAGCGUUUGGGAAGGUCAUCGAGGCCUCCAUCUUUGGCAUCAGCCAGAACAACAGCCUGGACACUGUGGCGGUGAAGAUGCUGAAAGAGGGAGCGUGUGCCAGUGACCACAAGGCUCUGAUGUCAGAGCUGAAGAUCCUGAUCCACAUUGGGAACCAUCUUAACGUGGUCAACCUCCUGGGGGCAUGCAAACCCAGCGCCCCCCUCAUGGUGGUGGUGGAGUACUGCAAGUAUGGGAACCUGUCCAACUACCUGAGAGCCAAGAGAGAGUUCUUCCUACCUUACAGGACCCCUAACCUGUCCAACUACCUGAGAGCCAAGAGAGAGUUCUUCCUACCUUACAGGGACCGCUCCCCUAAGACUCAGAGCCAGGUGAGACGCAUGAUAGAGGCGGGACAAGUGGAGCAGAGGGCCCGCCUCCCACCUUCCCCGUCCUCCUCCUCUAUUGGCAGCCUCCAGAAUCAGUCACCCAGCAAGUCCAAUCAGAAGAGCCACUCUCCUGCUGUGGAGAAAAUAGAAGACCUAUGGAAGACUCCUCUCACUAUAGAAGAUCUGAUUUGCUAUAGUUUCCAGGUGGCCAGGGGAAUGGAGUUCCUGGCCUCACGAAAGUGUAUCCACAGGGACCUUGCAGCGAGGAACAUCCUGCUGUCAGAGAACAACGUGGUGAAGAUCUGUGACUUCGGCCUGGCUAGAGACAUCUACAAAGACCCCGACUACGUCAGGAAAGGCAGCGCCCGUCUGCCACUGAAGUGGAUGGCUCCAGAGAGUAUCUUUGACAAGGUCUACACCAGCCAGUCUGACGUCUGGUCCUUUGGUGUUCUACUCUGGGAGAUCUUCUCUCUGGGUGCAUCUCCGUACCCAGGUGUCCAGAUCGAUGAGGACUUCUGUAAACGACUGAAAGAUGGAACUAGGAUGAGAGCUCCUGAAACAGCUUCCCCUGAGAUCUAUGGUAUAAUGCUGGCCUGCUGGCAGGGCGAGCCCCGAGAGAGACCUCCCUUCCAAGCCCUGGUAGAUAUCCUGGGAGACCUACUCCAGGACGACAGACUACCAGAUGGUAAGGACUACAUCCCCCUGAAUCCGUCCCAGAGCUCUGAGGAAGACAGCUUCUCUCACGCCUCUUCACAACCCGCUUCACAGGAGGAGAUGAGACUGGCCUGUCACAGCAUACCCAUCAGGUAUUAUAACUGUGUGCCCUUCGCUGGCUGUGUGUUCGUGGGGCCGUCGAAGCUGUCGUCAUGCCAACCCAGAGUGAAGACAUUUGAGGAGCUACCAAUGGAAACGGCCUGGUAUAAAACCCACAACAACGGAGACAACCAGACAGACAGUGGGAUGGUUCUGUCGUCAGAGGAGUUUGAGAUGAUCCAACACGAACACAGAGGAGCCAAUAGGAGUACAGAGCGUCUGGUGGUGGUAGAGUCCAGCGGUAGCUCCCUUAGUUCCAGACACCGACCAGCCUUCCUCUCCCAGCUCUCUGGCCAGACCUUUUACAACAACGAGUAUGGUCAGCUGUCAGAGGAGGGCAGGGUCCUGGACUUCUUCUCCUCCCCUGAUGAUACACGCUGUCUCGCAUCCUCCAACCUGUGAUGUCAUCAUCACAGAGUGGGUAGCCCUUCCUCCUCCAACCUGUGAUGUCAUCAUCACAGAGUGGGUAGCCCUUCCUCCUCCAACCAGUGAUUGGCUACAGUGGGUUAGCCCCUCCUCCUCCAGCCUGUGAUUGACUACAGUGGGUUAGCCCCUCCUCCUCCAACCUGUGAUUGACUACAGUGGGUUAGCCCCUCCUCCUCCAGCCUGUGAUUGACUACAGUGGGUUAGCCCCCUCCUCCUCCAACCUGUGAUUGACUAGUGGGUUAGCCCCUCCUCCUCCAACCUGUGACUGACUAGUGGGUUAGCCCCUCCUCCUCCAACCUGUGAUUGACUAGUGGGUUAGCCCCUCCUCCUCCAGCCUGUGAUUGACUACAGUGGGUUAGCCCCUCCUCCAGCCUGUGAUUGACUACAGUGGGUUAGCCCCUCCUCCUCCAAGCUGUGAUUGACUACAGUGGGUUAGCCCCUCCUCCUCCAACCUGUGAUUGACUAGUGGGUUAGCCCCUCCUCCUCCAGCCUGUGAUUGACUACAGUGGGUUAGCCCCUCCUCCAGGCUGUGAUUGACUACAGUGGGUUAGCCCCUCCUCCAGGCUGUGAUUGACUACAGUGGGUUAGCCCCUCCUCCUCCAACCUGUGAUUGACUACAGUGGGUUAGCCCCUCCUCCUCCAACCUGUGAUUGACUACAGUGGGUUAGCCCCUCCUCCUCCAACCUGUGAUUGACUACAGUGGGUUAGCCCCUCCUCCUCCAACCUGUGAUUGACUACAGUGGGUUAGCCCCUCCUCCAACCUGUGAUUGACUACAGUGGGUUCCAAUAGUUCAGAUUCCAGUCUUGCUAGCCACAAGGGUUGGGAUUAUAUUGUAGUAUAUAUACUCAAUCCCAUCUCCUUCCCUCUCUUCCUUGCUGUCACUCCUUCCCCUCUCCAUGGCCACACCGGCCCAUACUGGACUGAGCCGUCAGUACCUGCAGUUCUCUAACCAACCACUGGGUGGCAGUAUGUCAAAACCAAAGUAUGAUAUAUCAACCACAGUUCAGAUGUGUAACUUUAUACAGAGUAAGCUUUUGAUUAUUUGAAGAAAAAAAAAAAUUAUGAAAAUAAAGAAAUAUAUCUUCUUUA